CUGUCAAGUAGCUAGGGUGGGCUCUGCUGAGGCUAGGAGGGGCGCCGGGUGGGGAGAUGCGCUCCCAGGUGUUUGCAGCGGAAGUGGGAAACCUGUAGGUUAUGGUCCAGCUGUGCCGCGCCGAGGCGAGCAGGAGCAGGGAACAGAUAUCCACUUUGGAUCAUUUCUGAAGCUGAAUUCAGAACAAUCUUACGGUGUUUAGUAUUAUCCAACUGCCAUAAAACUAAAGCUCUUUGAAAAAUUGAACCUAACCUGUACUGAGAAAAGAUGAAAAUGUGGUUGCUGGUCUGUCACCUUGUGAUGAUAUCUUUUACAACCUGUCUAGCAGAGUUUACCUGGCACAGAAGAUACGGUCAUGGAGUUUCUGAGGAAGACAAAGGAUUUGGACCAAUUUUUGAAGAACAGCCAGUCAACACUGUUUAUCCAGAGGAAUCAACAGAAGGAAAAGUUUCACUCAACUGUAGGGCACGAGCCAGCCCUUUCCCAGUUUACAAAUGGAGAAUGAAUAAUGGAGAUAUUGAUCUGACAAGUGAUCGGUACAGUAUGGUAGGAGGAAAUCUUGUCAUCAACAAUCCUGACAAACAGAAAGAUGCUGGAAUAUACUACUGUUUAGCAUCAAAUAACUAUGGGAUGGUCAGAAGCACUGAAGCAACCCUGAGCUUUGGAUAUCUUGACCCUUUCCCACCUGAGGACCGGCCAGAGGUCAGAGUGAAAGAAGGGAAAGGAAUGGUGCUUCUCUGUGAUCCCCCAUACCAUUUUCCAGACGAUCUUAGCUACCGCUGGCUUCUAAAUGAAUUUCCUGUAUUUAUCACGAUGGAUAAAAGAAGAUUUGUGUCUCAGACGAAUGGCAAUCUCUACAUUGCAAAUGUGGAAGAAUCUGACAAGGGCAAUUAUUCAUGCUUUGUAUCUAGUCCUUCUAUUACAAAGAGUGUGUUCAGCAAAUUUAUCCCACUCAUUCCACUACCUGAACGAACAACAAAACCAUAUCCUGCUGAUAUCGUGGUUCAAUUCAAGGACGUAUAUGCAUUGAUGGGCCAAAAUGUGACUUUAGAGUGUUUUGCGCUUGGAAAUCCUGUUCCUGACAUCCGAUGGCGGAAGGUCCUAGAACCAAUGCCAAGCACUGCUGAGAUUAGCAGUUCUGGGGCCGUCCUCAAGAUCUUCAAUAUUCAGCUAGAAGAUGAAGGCUUAUAUGAAUGUGAGGCUGAGAAUAUUAGAGGAAAGGAUAAAUUCCAGGCAAGAAUUUAUGUUCAAGCAUUUCCUGAGUGGGUGGAGCAUAUCAAUGACACAGAGGUGGAUAUCGGCAGUGAUCUCUACUGGCCUUGUGUGGCCACAGGCAAGCCCAUUCCUACAAUCAGAUGGCUGAAAAAUGGAUAUGCGUAUCAUAAAGGUGAAUUGAGACUGUAUGACGUGACUUUUGAAAAUGCUGGAAUGUACCAAUGCAUAGCUGAAAACACACAUGGAAUCAUUUAUGCAAAUGCUGAGUUGAAGAUCUUGGCUUUGGCUCCAACUUUUGAAAUGAAUCCUAUGAAGAAAAAGAUUCUGGCUGCUAAGGGAGGAAGGGUUAUAAUUGAAUGCAAACCUAAAGCUGCACCUAAACCAAAAUUUUCAUGGAGUAAAGGAACAGAAUGGCUUGUCAAUAGUAGCAGAAUACUCAUUUGGGAAGAUGGUAGCUUGGAAAUCAAUAACAUCACAAGGAAUGAUGGAGGUAUAUAUACAUGUUUUGCAGAAAAUAAUAGAGGGAAAGCUAAUAGCACUGGGACUCUUGUUAUCACAGAUCCCACACGAAUUAUACUGGCCCCAAUUAAUGCGGAUGUCACUGUUGGAGAAAAUGCCACCAUGCAAUGUGCUGCUUCCUCUGAUCCUGCCCUGGAUCUCACGUUCAUCUGGUCUUUCAAUGGCUAUGUGAUUGAUUUCAACAAAGAGAAUACUCACUACCAGCGGAAUUUUAUGCUAGAUUCCAAUGGGGAACUGCUCAUUCGAAAUGCCCAGCUGAGACAUGCUGGAAGAUACACUUGCACUGCUCAGACAAUUGUGGAUAAUUCUUCAGCUUCGGCUGACCUCGUUGUGCGAGGUGAAAACAGAAAAGAUGGAGAGAAAAACAGGCUGGAUCCCUUUCUCCCCGUCUGUGCAAGCCUGCCUCCAACCUGGUGAUCGUUGACACUCACCAUUUGUGUGAAAGCUUUUUUUUUUUAACAUACUAUACUAGAUUUUACUAAUUAACUCAUUCCUGUAGCUUUUGCAGUUUUUUUUCCCCAACCUAGUUCUUAGAGGAUUUUCCCCUUUGAAACUUCUAAACAUACUUUGAGCAGAAAGAUAUUUAAAAGUAUAAUUAUACAACUUCACUAAUACCUGAAAAAUGCCUAGUGAACUAACCCAAUGUGUUUUGUUAUGGUCAAGUGAAAGUUCUGUGUAUUCAUGUCCUGUUUUUCUCUGAAGUAAAUAUCUCAGAAAUUAAUUCGUUAUCUGAAAAAAAAAUAUGAAGAGCUGGUGAAUUUUAAUACAGGAGUAUUGCCAAUGAACGGGCUGUGUGAUUUAACCAAGCAGGUAAUGGACUUUGCUGUUUUCAAAUUCACUAAUGAGUCAUCUUAAUUAGAACAUAAGCUAAGAGGAACAUCACCACGGCAGUCUUUUGUGUCCUAGUGCCAUACAUAUUCUUUGGCAUGAAAAGAUGAAAAGCAGCAGUAAACAACUAAAGAUUGCUCGUGGCUCUAUAGGGUUUUUGGAACAAUUCCUGGGAUUGGGAUGUGAAAAUAGCACGUGGAGGAAAUUGUCAUCUCAGUAGCCAGAUUUAAGUGAUGAUAACCAGGCCAUUGCCAGCAUGCACAUUUAGUUUUAAUAACUCCUACCAUCAGCUUGCUUGGAUCUUAUCUUUUGUAGGAAGCUAGAGGUUUUUAUCAGAAGGACUUGGGCAGAAAUGGGGGAUUAAAAUGGAAGUGUACAGUUUAAAAAAAUACCAUACUCCUAUUAUAUGGUAGAGAUAGUUAAUAUUCGUUUUCAUCUCAGUAUAGCUUAAACAUCACCAAGAUCACACAACAUUGACUUGCAUUUUUUUGUACUAUUAUAAUAGAGUCAUUGUUUCAACUAAUUUUCAGAGCAAGAAUAGGCUGGUCUUAUUAAUGACACUUUAAAGACUUAUAGAAGAAGCUACCUUCCCUAAGAUAAUUGCUGUUCUUUCUCUUUCAGCAAUGUCUAUUUUGAAGUUAUUUUACUUGAAAGGGGAGGAUAUUUUGUUCUGAAAAGUUUUUUGUUUCCCUGAGAUCUUUAAACUUUUCAUUAAAGUUUGCUAUUUUGGUAAAAAGCUAAACAGUGAACCACAGGGUAUUUUCAUAUAGUGUGUUAUUUUGUCUUCAGUUACUUACUGGGGAAUUACCAGCAGAAAAGAGAAUGGCCCCAGGAUUUCUUUCCUGCUUCUACCAUUUCCGAAAUCUCAAGCUUUAUAUUGUUAUGUUAAAUGCAUGAGCUAUGUGGAGGCGAAUCCCAAAAGGUCCAAUAGUUUUUUGGUUUAGGUCCAACUACAGUUGCUUAGGAAGUCAGUCAGUGUUUAAGAGGGAGAGAACACAUUAGGGCUACUGUCCAAAGAGCCGUUCUGACUCGAGAUGCCUGGGUUAUAUGGCGUGUUUAAUUCUGAAGCAUACCAAUUUAAAAUAUGCUAUCCCAUUAACUUGCCAGAAAAUGAAUCACAAUUAUUGAUUGAGGAAAUAUAGUUGGCCUAUAUGUAAUAUGUGAGUAUUUAGAAAAUACUUUUUUUUUCUGCUAUCCUUCCUCAAAUGUCCAAGCUCUUUUUCACUGAAUGUUGCUACAUUUCUAAAGGGAAAAGUGACAAUUAAUAAAUAAUUGUACUACUAUUACUUUUUCCUUCCAAUUACUUUAUAUAUGAAUGAGAACUGAGUGGAACUCACAUAUAUGGUUCAUACUUCUGUGUCGUUGUUUACCGCCCCCCACCCCCAUGCCUUUUUGGUAGUCAAAAAAGACUGAGGAGACACUGAAUAUGAAUUUAUAAAUGGGUGGUAUAUUUAUCCCCACUUAUCUGAAUUAACAGACCAAAGAUUUGGAAAACUAUGAUCAAUGUAAACAUUUUUGUCAUUUUUCCUAAGAUACACAUUUGGGUCCAAGUAAUUAAUAUCCUACUCAACAAGAAAGAGCUCCAGAAGAAAGCAGUUAAUACCAGUCUUGAAUUUGUUAAUGCAGUUUUUAACUGAAUGUUUUUAGCUUAAAGAAUUGGGCUCAAGAUAAAUUGCUUAGGUUCAAAUUCUAGCUUUACCGUUUUCCAGCUUUAUGAUCUUUGCCAUUCUAUUUAAUUUCCUUAUGUCUGUGUUUUCCUCAUGUGUAACCUUGGAAUAAUAAUAACAGCCCCACAUAGGAUUAUUGGUGAGAAUUAUAAAAGAUUUACUAGUGACUGAGAUAUAAAGUACUCAUUAAAUGAUGAUAUUAUUAUUAUUAUAUACAGUAUAAAUUGCCUUGUUUUGAUUCACUGAUAAUUUUAUGUCAUAUAUGUUUUACUUUUUUAUGAGUUCAUAACUUGAUUGAAUAAUACAGAAAUAUCCAACAGAACCACAAUGAGAACUUCUCAGCAUUCAGGUAGUUCUUUGAAGAUCUUUCACAGAAAAGCACGUAUGGACUGUAUGAUCUGAAACUAGCAAUUUGCAAACAGACUUUUCCUCAUUUGUGGUGUGUUAUGCUAGAAAAUCUAGUCUCUUAUUGUGAUUCUACACUCUGCCACUGAAUAGCCUUGUGAUUUUGGCAAUACCCUUCUAGACUUCAGCAUCUUUUGUAAAAUGUAUAUAUGGAUGUUAAGUGAGCCUUAAAAUGUAUGUGAUCUACAUUAUAUAUUGAAAUGGUUCCAUUCUCGGCCUAUAGUCAAUGAUUUAAUAGUAAAAACAUUGAGAACUCAGGGAAAGUUAGGGAAAGAGAGUCAAGAUGUGGCAAAUAUGACUCUGCAUUGAGCACAUGUGAAGGGAGACCAUUGUGGCCAUUUCCAUAGACCUUCAUUAGGGAAAAAGUGACAGAAACAAGCUUCAGUAAUUAUUUAUAGACAGACUUUGAAAACCUACCAUGUUGAAUCAUAACCCUAACAGGUACCUUGAUAGACCAUUAUCUCCCACAGGUGAGAUAUAAUGGAGAAUUCUCAAUCAGCAAUCUCAGAGAAGGAUGGUUAAUAAUAAGCCGCAUAGUGAAUCCAUCUUGUCUUACAUGUAGCAAUCAAUGUAUUGGCUAUGUACGUUGAGCUCCAGACAAAAUUCCUUAUGGGGAACACACACAUGCGUGCAUGCACAUGCACUCACACACAUGAAACUUAAUUUCAAGAAGCCAACAGUAUAGCUAUGAAUAUACUGUUAGCUCAGAACAAACAAUUGAAGAAUAAAACAUGGAGUUGUAUACUUAAAUCUCUUCUGAUCCUAGUUUGGACUGAAAAAAGUUGGUCAUUAUUUUGUAUAAUAACUCUACAAGUCUUUAAAAUGCUUUAAAAAGUCAUUCUUCAGCUUUUGUCCUCAUUUCAUCUUUCUAAAGAGCACUAUGCUAAAAAAUAAAUCAUUUUUUUCUUUUUCUCUGAACCCUAAUCAUUUUUACCACAAGUUCUGACAUCUGAAAUUAUACAUUAGAGUAUAGCGUUCUCUCAUUCAUGGUCUUGGGAUUUCUCCCAUUUGGAAGCCUGGAUUUGAACAGCAUAAAAUUAAGCAUUAUAUAAGAAUUUCUGGGCUUCCUUGUUAAAGUUGUGAAUAUUUUGUGUGUCCCUUAUCAGUAGUGCUUAACAUAAUGCAUAAAGUCAGGAUUCUGUAUUACUACUACUCAACUGGGUUUUGAGUUCAACAAAGUCCCAAAGGGAACUCAGUAUUGUCUAGAAUGUGGCAUAAUCAUUAGUCAUUUUAAUAUGAAUUGAAACAAAAUAUAUCAUAAAGUUAACAAUAAUUUUAUAGACAAUUUUCAUAUAGAGUAAUUAGGCAUUUCUGAUCAACUGUGUGUGUGUGCAUGUAACUACAUAUGAGGAGAAUGUUACAUAUUAGGAGAAUACCUCAAUUUACUCUAUCCUGGAAAAUCUGCCCUCUGACCUGGUAUCCUGAUACUUUACCCAACAUAUCUGUGGAAACAGUCCAACUCCACUGAUUUUAAUUUUACCGUUUUGCUCAGGGUGUGGAAAAGGAAUCAAACAACUUGUACACUGAGCCUAAUCAAUUUGACUCACCUAUAGAGAUAGUUACUAAAAACUAAAAUGGCACAAGUCAAGGAAUAUUAACACCAAAAUUUGGUGAAACAAUCAAUUAUAUUUUCCUUUAUUCAGCUCCUAUUUUAAGUAAAUGGAUAAUUCAAUAGGUAGCUCAAAUAAGGAGCUCCAUUUAGAUUAUUUUAAAAAUGUAUUACUAUUCAUUUUGCCUUCGAUCUCCGCUUAGUCUAUUUCAAUCUCAUCUAUUUCAGUCUCAUCAAGUGUUUAUUUUACAUUUCAUUAUUAGUUUUACAAUGGGUUAUUCUCCUUUCCACACUUUACUAUUUGUACUAGAUGACUUUUGAGAAUCUAUUCAAUGAAACAUGGAGUCAAAGAGUUAAAAAAUGUUUUAGAGAUUGCUAAUUCAAUUGCUAUCAAAAUACUGAAUUUAGUCUUAACAUCCUUAUGAAAUAUUCCAAUUUCUAUUUGAACCCCUUUAAUGGCAGAGAAAUUCUCCCCAUCUAAUGCAGUUUGCAUCAUCUUUAGCUUCAGUUUUUUUUUCCUGUUAAUCUUCUUUUCUUCUUUCUGGUUUCCCCAGGGAAAGUUUAUCCAGUAAUACAUAGUUUUCAGAAUUUAUUUUUAAAAGAGUUAAAUUUUUAAAGCAUCGAUAUAAAUAUUUUAGAAGUCAGGCCUUGAGAUGAAAAAAAAAAUGAGUUUAAAGCAAAUUUUAAAACGGAAGAGAAAGAAUAAAAUUAGUGAGAGAGAAGAACCGUAAAAGACAAGGUAAUGCAAAUAGAAAUGGAAGAACAGUAGUGGAAGCAUCUACCUGAAGACAUACAGAAAGGUGGCCCAAAGAAAGGCAAAAACAUGCACAGAAUCAACACUGAAAUUUUUACUGUUUAUUUGAAGAAAGAGGGAUUUAGGCAACCAUAAAUGCCUAACAAAAGCAUGUCCACUCUUAUUAACAUUCUUUCAGUAUUUGGAAGAAUCAGGAAACAAAAAUUUCAACAUAGUCUUCUGGACACAAUAUUUGAACUUACUGAAAACAUUUCACAAACUCCAGGGCAUGUGAUAACGGGAGAGGGGUAAGGAUAAAAUCAUAUUCAUAAAAGCAAGAACAAAAUGCAUAUUUUAAGUAAUUUUAAUCCCAGGCUUCAUAUCUUUUCUUUUUUCCUCCUCAUUUUCUUCCCUUCCCAACACCCUACAUAUUUAACAGUAGAGGAAAGAAUUGUUGAAAAUGCUUUGCCAAGGCUGGUCAAAGAAACAUUACAAUCUUUCCCCCCACCCUCAGGUCUUUAAUGAUUAAAAAAAAAAAAAAAAGAAAAAAGAAAUGAAAAAAGUGGAAGACAAAUAAUUUGUCAUCUAAUGUUUCUAGGUAUUUAAAA